AUGUCCCUCUGCAAACAGAUUUCUUACGGUAAACACCUUCCGUUUCGGACCGAAAAGUUGUUGGAUUUUUUGUCUUUGUUUUUUUUUUCUUGCUUGGGCGGCUAUCAUAUUCCGAUACGGCUCUUUAUUAUUAUUUCUCGCCCUUUUUUUUCUCUGCAGACUCCUUUGUUCCCACCUCGCCCGUGUAUUGCGCUUCCCGUGGGGGGUAAAGGGGUAAGAAGGUGGCGGCACAUAGCUGUUCAGGUGAAAAAAAAAGAGGAAAACGAAAGUGUUGCAAUGAACAUUUCUGAUAUCGUGGGAGAGGUGAUAACUGAUGCAGUGGACGACAGACACUACUCGCACCUGGAGGCAUUACUUGAGCAUAACAUUGAUGAAUUAAUUAGGCGGUACCAUGUCCUUGUGGGGCCCCUCAAAACAUUAAUGGAGAUGGAAUGCGGAGAGGCUGCUGCAGUGAAUGGACCCUCACCCAAGAGCCACACGGGUGGGUCCGAGUUUCCGCAAUGCUUCGCCAUGGGCAUGACAUAUUUCAGCCUUGCCAUCAUGCGAGGGCAUGCUGCGGGAGGGAUCGAAGAUAGUGAAAUCUCCUCUUUGAUACUAACACUUGUGGAGCAGCAUCUGUUAUCACAGACAUCAGGGGCAUAUAAACAACUCCGAGGUCAUGCGCACGCGCUUCAACGCUUCGGGCAGUUGCUGAAGGGAUAUGUUGAUCUUCUAGAUCACAGCGAUGUUGGGAAUCACCUCCGUAAGCUUAGUUAUCUUCAGAGUGCGGUGACGCUCUUUUCCCCAUCAACUAACCAUCUCACCGUUGCUCACCCACUUCUGGUGCGGGAGGCGGCGCGCAGUAACUGUCCAGCCCCUGCUCUGACUGUCAUGCGGCAGCCAAUAUUAGAAUUAUCGUGUGGAGAAACUGGCGCUGGACUCGCUUGUUGUUGUUCUUAUUAUUACGAGGGCGGCCUCUUGCUAGCCGCUAUGCAGUGUUGGGAGUCGUCGGUUUCGUGGCUGCGAAACUCUCUGUCAUUAGUGAAGGUUGUGUCGCGUGUGGGGAGUCCAGAACUUAAGGUAGUUUCCGCGACACCUUCUCUUUCUCCGGAUGAUACCGGUAACAUCAUAGUGUCUGCAACAAAAGCGUUCGUUCUCCUCUGCAUUAGUGUCUACGGGGAUUGGGGUGACGCUGCAGAUCACAUGAGAGUUCAGCAAGUUAUUCAGCAGUAUCGAAAUAGCAAUGUGGGAUCGUACGUACGCCUGCUGGUGGCUGCGCAACGCCGUGAUUUUGGGCAGUGGCACACAAUCAAAAGAAACUUUUCACCUGUUUGGGAACAGGAUGGAACCGUGUCUCUUCUCGCCACAGCUGAAUCACGACUGCAGCGGCACGUUGUCCUUGAUAUCGCGAAAGUUUACAGUCGUGUGCGUCUCUCGACCAUCGCGUCGGCGCUUCGUGUGUGUUGUCUCAGCGAGACAGAAGGUGGCGGCAACACAUCAAGUGGUAGUGGUGACUCUGGGGAAAGCACACAAGGGAAAAUUAACGCCGUUGAGCUGCUUUUAUCAAUGCGGGAAGAUGGGGAACUCAUCGCAUCAGUCGAGCAUGUGCCUCGUAGGGAAGAGAGUGAAGAAGAAGCAGAGUUGAGUGAAGCGGAGGAAACGGCAGGUGAUAUUUCUGCGCAGCAACAGCAUCUGGCUGUCAGGCUCGCUAUUCCACCGAGGCGGAUUCCUGCUGAGUUAGGUGAGAGUUGCAAAGUGUUCCAUGAUUUAUACAGGCAGGGUGGAGAAAACCAGCACGUCAUAGAUGCGAAGAUACAAGGAGUGUUGCACGGCGAAAUUGAGCGGUGCAAGAGGGCGUAUGCGGCACUGAUGAAGGUGGCAAUGGGUUCACGCGGCGUGGUGCCACCAGAAUGUGAAGAAGCCCAAGUGAUCGUGUGA